CCCUUGAAACGACCUCGGUAAAACGGAAGAGUCGGACGUUGGCUUCCGCACCGAGCGUGACGUAGCGAGAGACACGUCGUCGUCAAUUGCGUUGCGGCGAUGGGUCCCCACGGGUGCAGAAAUUCACACUAAUGAGAAUCAGUUCCCAAGGGCUAGCCGCUUGACGGCUCACCGCGUAUUUAGCCCGUUUCGGUGAUCUCGUUCGACUGCUAAUUCCCUUUCUGAAAUUUUAAUUGAGAUUGAGGGUUUAAAUUAAGGAUCGGCGGUCGUGUGUUGAGCGCAAUGAUCGCGGCUGUUCCUGAGCCCCAGAUGAAGCAGAGCCAAGUAUCACAAGUUGAAAUAUGGGACGGAGUUGAAUCAAGGAGAUAUGAAGCCUCCGAGUUAUGAUUCUGAUGAAGGUAAUGAAACUGAAGUGCAACCACAACAGAACAGCCAGCUAAUGUGGAAGCAGGGACGACAGCUGCUCAGACAGUAUCUGCAGGAAGUGGGUUACACGGACACCAUACUAGAUGUGAAAUCGAAACGGGUUCGAGUUCUGCUGGGCCUCUCGAAUGAUGUCACAGACAGGGAAGAGGACAAAAAUCAGGAAUCGGUAGUAAAUGGCACAGAGGCUGAAAUUAAGGAAACCGUGAUGAUUGGGAAACCGGAGUUAACAGAUUCUGCCUCGGUACUGAAGACUUUCAGCUUCCUCGAAAACGCAGCUGCAGAGUUCAGUGAUGACGAUGAGGAAGACGACAUUGACGGAAGAGAGAAAACCAUUAUCGAUGCUUCAACGAUUGUGAGGAAAAAGGUGUCACCUGAUACCAGUGAAGACAGAGAUACAAAGGAAGCUCUAAAAGAAUUUGAUUUCUUAGUUGCAUCAGAUGAAGGAGAUGGAGAAUCCAGAAGUGCAGGAGAUGGAACAGACUGGGAAAAGGAAGACCAAUGUCUCACACCUGAAGCGUGGAAUGUGGACCAGAGAGUAAUUACCAAACUCAAGGAACAGUACAAAAAGGAGCGAAAGGGGAAAAAAGGGGUGAAGAGAAAAACUACCGAAGAUCUGUUUCAGCCUCUAUCCUAUAUAAAACAGUCAAAACAGGGAUGUGGGAGAGUGAUGGAUCAAAGCCCAGGACCCAACAGGUCGAAGCUUCAAGAUAUGCUUGCAAACUUGAGAGAUGUUGAUGAGCUUCCCUCGUUACAGCCGUCCGUGACCCCGCCUUCCCGCCCCAGCAGCUCAAGGCUUAGUGAACACGAAACCAACAGGACAGACGAAGUGGAAGCGUUAACGUUCCCUCCUACAUCGGGAAAAUCGUUCAUCAUGGGAACAGAUGAAGCCCUUGAAAAUGAAUUGGGUCUUGGAGAAUUGGCAGGUCUUACAGUAGCCAAUGAAGCAGAUUCCCUGACUUAUGAUACAGCAAAUAAUAAGGAUGCCUUAAGGAAGACCUGGAACCCCAAGUUUACCUUAAGAAGUCACUUUGAUGGAAUCAGAGCACUAGCUUUCCACCCGGUCGAACCCGUUUUGAUAACAGCUUCAGAGGAUCACACGUUAAAAAUGUGGAAUUUGCAAAAAACUGCUCCGGCAAAAAAGAGUACUUCUCUUGACGUAGAACCGAUAUAUACGUUCAGAGCUCAUAAAGGCCCAGUGCUCUGUGUGGUAAUGAGCAGCAACGGUGAUCAGUGUUAUAGCGGAGGCAGUGACGGGCUCAUCCAGGGCUGGAACACGACAAACCCCAACAUCGAUCCCUAUGAUUCUUACGAUCCGUCCGUGUUGAGAGGGGCACUGUUAGGUCACACCGACGCCGUCUGGGGCUUAGCGUAUAGUGGAGCACAUCAGCGCUUACUGUCCUGCUCAGCAGAUGGCACCCUGCGUUUAUGGAACACUGCAGAAAUGGCUCCAGCCCUUAGCGUGUUUAAUGAUAAUCAAGAAUUGGGAAUUCCCGCCUCUGUGGAUUUAGUGAGUAGUGACCCGAGUCAUAUGGUAGCUUCGUUCAACAACGGCUGCACUAGCAUCUUUAACAUGGAGACACGGCAACGCGUUCUCACCUUAGAAUCCAACGUAGACCCGACAGCUACCACAUCUUGUCAGAUUAACAGAGUCAUCAGUCAUCCAACCCUUCCAAUCAGUAUCACUGCUCAUGAAGAUCGGCACAUCAAAUUCUAUGACAACAACACGGGAAAAUUGAUCCAUUCGAUGGUAGCCCACUUAGAUGCAGUUACAAGUUUAGCAGUUGAUCCCAAUGGCCUGUAUUUAAUGUCUGGCAGUCAUGACUGUUCAAUACGCCUGUGGAAUCUGGAAAGCAAGACCUGUAUCCAAGAGUUCACAGCCCAUAGGAAAAAGUUUGACGAGUCGAUUCACGAUGUGGCUUUCCACCCAUCCAAAUGCUACAUCGCCAGUGCCGGGGCAGACGCCCUGGCCAAGGUCUUUGUAUGACACAAUGCCUCCCUUUCAACUCCUAGCUCUUUUAUAUAUAAUCAGCCGCACAAAAGAGACAGAAGACCGGGGCAAGAGCUAGUCUUUCCUGCCCUUCCGUUCUGCCAAUGGAGCACAGAGAACAUUUGUUAAAAGUAUAGUUUUUGCAUUCGGUGUGCUGUUUUCUAAACUAAGGUUUGUUCAGGUUGCUGCAAACUCAGCUGGUUCUGUGAGCCUGAAAACUCUUUCAAAUUGUCCCCAAAGUCAGCGCUUUUAUCGGUGAGGGUGUACUUAGACGCCAGGCAGGCCUGAGCGAAAAGAGAUUCAGUUAUUCCCUGUUGAUAAACUAGGGCGUCGUUAAGGGAUUGACUCGAUAGAUCACUUGAUAGCUGGGCGUGGGGGGGGGGAGGGAGAAGGGAAAACUUAACGCUUAUUUCGCACUCGAGGAAUUUUGUCAAACACACACAAGUUAGAUAGCCAAAACGGUGACCUUUUCGAAGGCCCCUUGACUAACCCCUUUGGGAAUUAUGACUAGGUAGGGUUGAAAGAAGGAAUUUUAGUUUCCGAACAAUUUGGACAUUAGCAAGUCUACUGCUCAUUCGUAGAACGUUAAUGCAAUAAUACUUAAUAUUAUGCCGUUCAGUGAUGCCAAUCAGAUAUUUAUAUAUGCCAUUCAAUUUUGGAAAUGUGUUACCAAGUAACUGAAGGUUUAGCUCUUAGCUACUCUGCUACAGAUAGAUCGCAUUUCAUUAGGAAUUGAACUUAAAUUUAGGAGACCCUCUCCUCCGCCCCGCAAUAGACACUAAGGCCGGUCUCUCCGAUACAGAUAGUAUUAUGAACAUUCCGUUUCACUAGAGUGCCAUUUGCAUUAUCACUAUGGUGCAUCUCUGAAGCCAGAUUUCCCAUUGGAUGCAAAGCAUCUAUCUGGGGGUAAUUUUAUUUAACCGUGCCCACUUAACUGUUGAGUGGAUUCUCGGGGUAUAAUCCCUCACUCCUCAAAAAUAGCUGCAACUAACGCCAGCAAUAAAUGUAACGUUCAUUUCAGUAGCAUAUUAUGGUUAGGAUGAGCGAGCCGCUCUUGUGCAAGCACCGGAUAGAAUUUCUACGCCGUGAAAAUUGUGUGGCAGCGCCUCUGAGGAGGGAGAUGGAAUGCGGGAAACCUGGGCGGAAGGGUCAGGGUUAGUGCGCAGCAGAUAAAGGGCUCCUAUGUGGGUUUUGGUGCCUUUGUUCUUUUGUUUUUUCUUCUUAAAUCCGACCAAAUUUAAAAAUAACAGUAAUUAGGGAUCACUGAUCUUUGGGAAAAGCAACCCGUCGAAAGGAAGACUUCCAUAUGAUCUUUCCUAGACUGAAUAUGCUACUUUACUAAUCUGCCCCUCACCUUAUUCCGCCGUGACUCCUGCUGAAACUCAGCCUCUCUCUUCCCUCCCCACUAUUACAAGGCUUGGCCCCCAGUGGGCAGCCAAUAAAUGGUAUGGAUUGAUGACAAAUCGGAAACAAAUAUGCAAACGUAUGCUUUUUCCUAAAAGCAUGCGUGCAGAUUGCCAACUGGGUUUCACAGGUUUGGCAGCUUGUAACAGUUUUUGCCUCCCUGCGGAUUUUUCAUCAAUCAUCCCACAUUUCCUGAUGUCGUCAUGCGGAAACUUCAGAUGGUAGAGAGCAACGAGGAAGAAGUUCAUAACCAGUGCUGUGGGUUAUUUCCACUUUGUAUUAUCAUUUUUAUUCGGAUGCAUCUUGAGUUGGUUCAACUUAAUUUCCUUCCAGACAGGGUAUUUUUUAUGGGGGCUAUGAAAUGUACAACAGGUUGAGCAUUUGCUGUUUUGACAGCCAUAGGCAUUUUAAUAUUUUUAACCAAUUUUACACUUUAUGGCUUUGCACUUAGUAAUAUUAGGGUAAACCAAACUCUUCUGAUUGGUUAAUGGAAUACCUACUUAGAAGCACUUCAGGGAAGCUCUGAGUGUGUAGUAAAAUGGACCCAAAGCAACCUUGAUAUGGCCGCCUGAUACUUGAUAAAUUCUACGUUCACAUUCUCCACGGUGCACAAAAGGGAAAACGUUAACUCAGUUUUGAAGCAAAGAUGUUAAUUUCCAGGCCGCAGUGGCGACUUGACUUUCUGAGGCCACUCCGUGCUAUAUUUGGUUCAGUUCCUACUUUUUAGUCGUUUAGAGCGGGCCCCAAGAAAGCAUAUCCUGGCUAAACGGUGAGGCCCGUCGACUGUGAAGAAACUGUCAGAGCCGACUCAUGCCAAUCAUCUUUUACGUGUUCUUGUGCCGUUAAUGGCAAACUCAUUUGGGGGAGGUUUAGGGAAAGGAAGUGAGAAAUUUUCCAGGCUCCUAGAAGUUUUUCUGCUCAGUUUGCAGGAUCAAGGUUUUUGUUCCCAUUCCCCCAGUCAGCAGGAUCAGAUUCCUCCCUUUGCUCUCUGUGUUGCCAUUGGUGGCAAGACUACAGGGUAGGGGGUGUUUGGGAUCGGAUCGUGGGCCCGCGGAGCUGGGAAGCCGUUGUCUCGUCGGGUACUGGAGCCAGAGGCCGGUGAUCCAGCCCGGAUGGCCUGGUUCCCCCUGUUUCCAUACACGGGAAGAUUUAGCUUGAGGCAGAAUUCUGACAGCAAAGUAUCCAGCAAGCAGAUGAACUCCAGGGUGGAGAGGGAGUUAGUUGAAAAAUCCCUCGGCAGCCCAAGGACGCACAGUACCCAGAGACCAGAUGGAUGUUUCGUAGUCUAAAAGUUACGAGUAAUGCAGCCUCUAUUUCAGCCUGGUCCCAGUGACCAGUUCUCCAUCUGCCUCCCGAAGAGGGGGCCGGCAGCCAAGUAGAAUGUGGGGGAAAUGAGUGAAUUCAAGAUCCGAAUCCAAUUAUAAGAAUUCCUUUCUCGUGAUUGAUCGAUUGACGUUUUUUGAUGAAAUUCCAUGGUCCCUCCGACCGUCAUAAGGUUGUUUGGUCCCUGCCGUAUCCUUCUCACGGUCAACACACGUCUGGGUUCGAAGAGCUCUCGGUCCCCUUCUCAAGACUGAAAUAUCCUAACAAGCCCAUUUUCUGUUCAGGUGAUACCCAGGUGUUCCAACCCAAGGGAGAUUCCCUUCAGUAUUUUUCUAUUCGGCAAAGUGACGAUUCUUUUGCGUGUUACUCAAAAUAUUUAGCUUUUAUAAAACUGUUCUCAUUAAAGGGGUGGGGGGAAUCAGGCUGCAUAACUAAGAAAUGAACUUUGUGAGAAUAUUCCUGUGUAUUUGACUUUCAUUCCUUAAGUACUAUUGUUAUAUUUCUUUUGGGGGUGAUUAUAAAGAUUUAUUUGGAAAGGUCUAAAAGUUAUGUAUAUUUUAUAAAUAUAUAUUAUAUAUACUAACAGAUAUAUAUAAUAUAUAUAUAGACCAUUAUAUAUUAAAACAUAGGUGCAUUUUACUGUUUUGUAUUAAGAGUUCUGAGUUAGUGUACACAAAAGAUAUGAGUAUGACAUGAAUGUUGUGCUGUUUGCUUCCGCGAUAUAAUAUAUAGUUCAAGAUGUUUAAAUUACUGUAUAUACUAUAUACACUAUAGGUCAGCAUGCUUGUUUGAAAGACUGUCAUUCUAGUUUAUUAAAAUCUGAAUGUAAGAAACUGGCUAUUCAAAUGUGAAUUUAAAAAUGUUGUACUCAAUAUUGAGCUAUUCACACUGAGCAUUCAGGCUUUUUAACAAAAUGAAUCUUAAAGAAGGCAAUAGCUAGAGAAUGAGAGGUGCCUUUUAAAAAAAACAAAACAAAAUGUAGCCUUACAAUGAGGAUGUGGAGUAUAUUAUAUAUAUUUUUGUGUGUGUGCGUGCGUGCGGGGGUGUGUGUGUGUGUCCUGAUUGUGAUCACUGAUGUCUUUUUUUUCCCUCUACUUUCCCACAUGGUAGGACUUCAGGGUUCUGUGCAUGAGCCUGUCUGUGCCCUUCUGAGUACCACGUGUACUUUUUGAGAGUUUUUUUCUGUGAAUUCGUACAUAUUUCACUGGAAAAAAAAAAACCCUUAUGCUGCGAUCUUUGUUUUCAGUAAAAAUCUAUGUGAAAGGAGAAAUAGCAAUCUCUUUAUAUAGUGAUAGUUACCCAUCGUAUAGCCUGUCACCUAAACCAUGGGGCAUCAUCAAAGUUAGUUAAGAAAAUUUAAUUUCUGAAAAUUUUAUUUACUCUAUUUGUUACAUUUCGCACCUUUUUUUAACUGGAUUAUAAAGGGGAAAGCCAUGUGCUUUUUAUAAUGGAUUCAGCAACUAACAUUUUUUUUUUCCCUUGCCCAGGGUGACCAAUAAAAAUCCUAUAAGAAGAGAGAUUUCCACAAAGUUUCACUCAGUCAUUUUUUCCAGUCUUGUAAACACGCAAUGUCUCAAAGGAAUAUUUGUCAGGGUAGAAAUUUUUGUGUCUUCCUUAGAAUUUAAAAGCCACAUUGGACUCUCAAAUUUUGCAAUUUGGGACAGUUUUUAAGUAACUGAAAUAUUUUUUCUUUUACUGGGAAGAAUUAUUUAAGAGUAACCUCAGAGGGUAUUAGUUAUGAGUAGAGUUAAAUCAUUCCAAACGGGCACGUGUGACCUGUUCAGUUAGUAAGAUUCCAGCAGGGUUGGAAUGUCUCUCUUUUGGUUGAAUGUACAGAAAAGCAAAACCAAGGGAGUAAAUUGAAAAAAAAAAAAGGCUUUAGAUGUGCUGGCUUUAUUUUUAUGAAACCUGCUUGACAUUGAUGACUAGUUAAUAAGUGCAUCAGCAUCACUUUUAUCUCCUCAGGCUCCUGCCGUCCUUUAUGAAUGGUACCAACGGAAUUAUUUUAAUGAUUCUGAUUCUUUUAGCAUUUGUUGCUGGGAGUCAGGAUUUCCACCAGCCUUGGCUGAAAAAAAGUAUCUGUGUUUUUGAGCAGAUCUAGCGGCUCGCUCCACCGUUCCCAGACUUACCUUGGACGAUGCCGUCGGAACUGCAAGAGAAUCGGCUAACUGUGUUUCUCAGUUAAUAUUUUUCCGCAAAUGAUUUUAGUGACUUGGACUUGGAAACGAAUUGCUGGUGGGAGCUUUUGGCAAUUUUUGUCUUCCACGGAGCUUUCAGUUUCAGGGUGAUAUGAACUAAAUAGGUAAAUAGGACGAUUAAAGAGAUAACAAAUCCCAGCGUUUAGUUCGUUACCUGGCACAUAGUAAGCGCUUAACAAGUACCACAAUUACUGUUAUGUUUUUGAUAGUACUUUUUUUUUUUUUUAGCUAACUCAUUUUAACUGUGAUAUUUUGAAGCUAACUUAUUUUCUCUGGAGGUACAUCCUAGAUGCCAGAGCAGAUUUACUUGCAGUGUUCCUUAGCUUGGUACUCAGGGGAUGUCUUUUCCCGCAUCGAGCCCUAGACCUGGCUUAUAUCAGGACCAAAUUGGAAGAGUCUGUCUUGUGGUACUAGUGACCGUGAACCAAUAGGGAACGGUGGGACCCAGUAGAUCAGUUGAGGAUGAUUCUGCCACCGGGCUGGUCCGUUCCGCUCUUAAAAAUCCCAGAUUAGAGUCCUUUGGUUUUACUAUCAGAAUCCUUCCAGAUUUGUUAUGACCGCCUCAAAGGACUAAAAAAACUGGAGGGGAAGGAUGUGAAGAGUUGUGGCUUGCAAUCACCCUCUUCUAAUUUCAGUCCCUGUGAAAUGGGAAAUCAGAGCGCUCAGUACAGAGGGCUCUUGAAAAUCCUAGUCGGUGACAGUCCGAACAGAAUCCCGUACUCUCCAUUCGCGGUUCAAUAGGUAUCCACUAACCAGAGCAAAGGAAGGUAGUGCUUAUCUCCCAUCUCCCAUUCUUCAGCUUCUUGGUUUCUCGAUGCUUGACUGAAGUCUGCCUGGCCACAUGAGAGAAGAAAUGCAGGUUGAUCUUUGGAGCAGUUUAGACUACAGUCAGUCCUCCUUUAAAAUGGGGGUUAUCGUCAUCAGAGGUAUUUAUUGAGCACUUACCCUGUGCAGAGCACUUAUGUUCUUGACGAAUGCUUUGCUAACUUAAACUUGCAUUGUGAUACUCAUGCCUUGACAAGUCCACAUGCCUAUAUGCAGUCCUUUCUAGGAACAUCUCAGUGUCCUAUCCAGAUCGACUUGCGUUACUGGGACAGGAUUCCUUAAGUCCCCAAAGCUUUUUCCCAAAACAUAUGCCGAAAACACACUUUAAAGGAGAACUGACUGCAUUGGGUGGUUUUUUUUAAAAAAUCAGUUUUACCUGCAUCCCAUGUAUUAUAAGAGAACAGCGCUCUAUAGCACUGAGGUCCACCAAGGUACUCUUUUUGUUUAUUAACCUCUUGAAUUUCCUAGGACUGGCAACAGGGCAAUCUCAUUUCCGGGUUCUCAACUCAAAAACUUGUUUUGCUGUCGUUCAGCUGAAGGCCAAACAUGGCGGUCUUCUGCUCUUUCUUUCCGUUUCAUCUGAAUCACAAUUAAAUGCAAAUAAUCUUACCACUCAUUUUCAGGGCUCAAGAAUUUUGUUAAUUCAGGGUGUGUGGAUGAGCUGAUUCAGGCAUCCAUUUUGGGUGGCUCCAAAUGUACUGUUUGUUUUUAAAUAAAGUGUUCAAGCUUACGGAUUCCAUGGUAUAGCUGUGUAUGAAUUUGUACAGAAUAAUAAACGACAGAUUGGAAAUCA